GAUUUAGUUCUUUGUUUUAAUCGAACAAAAUACUACCUUUUAGAUCUACGUUUUCUUUUGCAUUUUUAUUCAAAUAUUAGAGCUAGUAUGCAAAUAUAUUUAACAUGCUAUUUGAAACGAAAAGCCAGUGAUAAUGCACAAGAUAAAUACAUCAUUUUAAUUUGUAUUUUAAGAAUAAUUUUAUUCAAGCACACAGCAAUCAAAUAUGGCUGCCCCCACGAAUUGGAACUGUAAUAAUUUUGGAAAUUCAAGAAAUCCUUGUACAGGACAAACCCAGUUCCAACAGAAUCAACAGUUUGAGAAUCUUCAAGGAAAUCAUUUUUCGCCAAGAAUGCCACAACAACAAACGUUACAACCAUUUAAUCCCCGGUUUCCCCCACCAGGUCCAGGAUUUGUGCCAAACCAAAGCACAAGGCAAAGCUUCAGUCCAGGCAAUACCUUUGUGGAAAUGAGAUUGCGGAAUACAUCGUCACAACAGCUAGGACAUGUUUACAGGGGAAACCUUAAUUCUAACGAUGUUGCAGAUGGUUCAAGAUACUGUAGUCAAAUCCCAGCAUUUUUUGAUACAAUUCCACCACCUGUAGGUGCUGGCAAUGAACCCCAUUCCCAAGGCAGGCACAGUCAUUUACAACAUCAGCCCAUGAAUGGUGAACAAAGGAGUAUGCAAAAUAUACAGAUUACAAAUCUUCAAAAUGAUAGAAACGUAAUAUUUCAACAAAACACGAGUGUCAUUCAAAAUGCAAAUGUACAAAAGCCAACAAAUUUUAUGACAAUGGAAGACCGAAAGGCAGAGGAUGAUCAGAGGUGGUUACAAGACUGGUUGCAGCACCGGCAAAGUAAAACAGAAUAUACUCUGAAGAAAACCCCAAUAAAGAUUUGUGAAGCUCAGGAGAAAACAAGACAGAUGAUUGUACUGUUAGCACGACUUCAAAAGAAUAAACAGAUACUGGAAACUGUUAAACAUGAGGACAAAUCAAUAUGGGAUCAAAAAUUGAAAGAAGUACUUUCUAUAAAGAAUGAACUUGAAAGUGUGCAGAAAGAAUUGACAAGUGAAGAAAAUGUUAGACAUCUUCAGGCGAAAGUUGCACAAAGGAAAAAGAAAAGGGAGAGGAUAAAACAGAAUAAGAAGGAACAGUAUGAACUGUAUGAGGAAGAGAUGGCUAACAGAGAACGUAAACAUGCUGAGAUUGAUAAAGCCAUGCAACAACUCACUGAGAAACAGAAACUUGAAAAACAGGAGAAAGAUAUGCAGAAGGAAGCAGAUGAGAUUCUAAGUCAGGUUCGGAAGAAAUUGGCAGAGGCAAAUAAAUCUAUACAAGUUGUAAACAGUCUGCAGAAACUUCGUAAACUUCGUACAGACAGACUUGAAAGACAAGGUGUUUUGAGUAUGUACGAGUCUCAAGGUCAUGGGUCUACAAAUAGGCUGAUGUUUGAAGCGAAGUUGUCCAACAUGAGAGAAUUGUUGAAUAAACAGCUGGACAUAUACAAGGCAGAGGAAGCUGCUCUAAAGGUUCACUUGGAAACUGAACAAGAAGAAACAAGAGAGAAAGAAAGAGAAAAGGCCAGAUUGAGGAUGAUAGAAAGACAAAAGAAGGAAAGGAAAAAAGAAGAAAAAAUCUUAUUUGGGGAUCAAAAAGAUCCAGUGCCUGGUGACCCACUCUACCCAUUCAGACAGUACUAUGAUGCUGCUAGUCAAAAUUUAGAGGCACUUAUUGCUAUCAGGAGAGAGUGGGAUGGGUAUCUAACCAGACCGGAAUUAGGUUCUUGUAUACCUGACACCUGGGUAGUACCCGUACAGCCAGACUCUCAAGUGUGGGCUUCUGCACUGGAAAAUGAACAGCCAACUUGACAUGCUAGAAUUUGGCUUCAAGCUUGAAUUCCCCACGACUAACUACCUUCUUUAAAUUACUGCGUGAAAUUGCUGCCUGCUUUAUGCGGUCAGCAGACUCUGUUUUUAUUCUCAAAUGCAGCAGUGAAGAUUUGAAACACAUGUUGCUCUAGACAACAGUAGGUGGUAUGAAAUGUGAAGCAUAGAGUACUGGGGAAAAUUUUCCAAAAAUAGACAAGAGGAGAAAGUAUGGAGUACUGUGGACAGAGAAGACAUGAAAUGUAUAAUGCUCUGAUUAGAAGUAUUUGGAAUAAAGUGUGAAGCAUG